AUGUGCUUCCGCCAGAGCUGACGCAAAAUCCGGUUGUGCAGCAGCCAUUUUGUCUGUUCGGGCAAGUCUACCCUGACGAUUGCGAACUGCAGUUCCACCUUUAGAAACAAUUUGAAAUGUUGUUGUGGCAUUUCUGAUUCACCUUAUCUCAUAUCUGAACGGCGGAUAAAAUUUAUCUUUCAAUUAUACAUGUCCGAAGAGGGCCUUUCCUCUUCGAAAUAAAUUCGUAGUUCUGCAAAACGCGGGUCAGCUGAGACAUGUCGUGUGAAGAAAGCUACUUGGCCAUCAUUCGCUAUCUGACUGAUGAACGGGAGCCAUAUGCGCCGGGGACGCCUGGUAAUACCAAGAGAAAAAUACGCAAAGCGGCCACCUGCUACGUUGUGAGAAACGGGACUUUGUUUUAUCAGCGUCGUCUGAAGGGCCAGAAUGAUUUCACGGAGCUGGAGGUGGUGCUGCAGGACGACCGGAGGAAGGAACUUAUCAACGAGGCGCACAUUAUGGAAGGAGGGGAGCACCUCAACCAGCAGCUCACCUGGGAGUUCAUCUCUCAGAAGUACUGGUGGAGAGGUAUCCUGAAACAUGUCAAAGACCACAUCAGAGAGUGUGCUCAGUGUCAGAGCAGGCGGAGUACUGAUGACGGGUCUGGACCUCGGCAGUUUUCCCGACCAGGGAGACGCAGGGCGGCUGCCGGCGUGAAUGAUGAGGAAGAGGAGGAAGAGGAGGAAGAAGAUGGAGAUGAUAGUUUACUCUUCACUGACUCGUCUUCUCACAUGAGAUCCAAGUUGGCCAAGACAAUGGCCAAGCAUGAACUGGUCUUUGUGGACAGCAAGGGCGAGGUGAAUCAGUUCCUGCCCAAGCACAGCCAAACCAUGUUGGACAAACUCAACCAGCAGCGUCUCAGCAAUCAGUUCUGUGACAUCACGCUGCUGAUCGAAGGAGAGGAGUACCGAGCACACAAGGCUGUGUUGGCAGCGUGCAGCGAAUACUUCAACGAGCUCUUUUUUGAGAAGGGGGCUGUGUCCACACACGAAGCCGUCGUCGACCUCUCUGGUUUCACCAAAGCCAGCUUCCUCCCGCUGCUGGACUUUGCAUACACCUCCAUGCUUACAUUUAAUUUCUGCAUUAUGGCAGAUAUUGCCAACCUUGCCCGGCAUUUGCUGAUGACGGAGGUGUUGCAGAUAUGUGAGUCUGUACAUAAGCAGGUGGAGGAACAGAAGCUGACGGUGUAUCAAAGAGGAGACGUGCAUACUGUGGUGUCCAGCCACCCGGCUUCUCAGGAGGGCUUGAAGGAUGAGUCUGGUGCUUUCAUGGUGACCAUACAGGGGGACGGAGGGGCGUUGGUCACCCACGGCGGUGUUGCUGUAACGGGCGAGCCUUUGGCUUUUGUUGAACCUUCCAAAGAGGCCUACAUCCAGCAGCCGAUGACAGUUGUUACUGAAGAUGUAGAGGGAGACAAAGUGCAUGGUGAGGACGCUGGUCAGAAUGAAACUGUGACUCUGAUCACUCACAGUGGACAGGCUGAGCCAGGAGAGACUGUCACGCUUAUCUCGCACAGUGCAGAAGGAGCGGAGGGGGAGACGAUGACUGUGGUCACCCACAGCGGACAGGCCGGAGCCAGCGAGUCCCUCGCUGUUGUGUCAGCCUGCCUGGCGAUGGAGCAGCCGCAGGUCGCCGAGGCAGGGGCCUUUGUUAUAAAUGUGGACCCAGACAAAGUGAGCCCCACAGAGGUCGUCAAACUCUCAUCUGCAGCCGCCGCUGAAGUAGCGGCAUCGCCUCAGGUGAUGGUGGAAUCAGCACCCACGCCCAAGAAACGCAAACGAGGGCGUCCAGCCAAGGUGAAGAAGGAGGUGGAGGCAGAGGAGUUGGUGCCUCUGGAGGAGGAGGAGCAGCCCUCUGCAGAUGAAGGCCAGACAGACAAGCAGGAGAUGACGCCAGAUGACCCCAACAAAAGACGACUCCGGCAGCGCUCUAUCGCUGAGGGCGGCUAUGCUCGUCUGCAUAUGGGACUGGAUGAUGAAGAGGAGGGAAAGAAAAGUUCAACCCCUCCGCGUGCCGCCACCCCAAAGGUGGGUCCAAAACCUGGGAAGAGGGGUAGACCACCAAAGCAUCCAGUGGAGAAUCAAGGUGAAGGACCGUCUGUCUCUGAAUGUGGGGCCGAACCAGAGGCCAGCGCUGUGGAGAGCGUGGCAGCCGGAGACGUCAACACAGAGGAGGAGGCUGCGACGAAGGUGGCAGAGCCAGAGACCGGAACCAGCCAGGAUCAGCCCCCAGCAGAGAGCGCUGUGGACGGAGAGCACACAUGCUCCGAGUGCGGCAUGUCCUUCCAAAGACGCUACUCUCUCAUCAUGCACACGUUGAAACACGAGAAAGCUCGCGGAUACAAGUGCAGUCUGUGUAGCAAGGAGUUCCAGUACGCCGCCUCGCUCCGCGCCCAUCUGGCCCGACACAAGCAGCAGAGCAGCCAGCGAGCGCCCAUCACCAAGCCCUCAGUAGAACAGAGCUCUGAGGGGAAGGUGGACACCGAUUUGGAUGACAAGACGUUGUCGCCACACACCAAAAGAGAAUUUGUGUGCGACAUCUGCGGGAAGACUUUACCAAAGCUGUACUCUCUGCGGAUCCACAUGCUGAAUCACACGGGCGUGCGGCCUCACUCCUGUAAGGUCUGCGGCAAGACGUUCGCCCACAAGCACAGCCUGAAGAUGCACAGGGCGCUGCACGACGUGACCAAGCAGUUCCAGUGUGAAUUCUGUAAGAAGUCUUUCGUGAGCAAGAGGAGCAUGGAGGAGCACACUAGCCUUCAUACAGGUGAAUCAAAGUACCUCUGCAACACGUGUGGAGCCACUUUCCAUCGAGCCUCAGCUCUGAGCAAACACAUGAAGAAGCACCAGCCCAAACCUGACGUCCGUCCAUUUGCUUGUGCUCACUGUGAUAAGAGGUUCUAUGAAGCGAAAGAUCUCCAGCAGCACAUGAAUAAGCACAUGGGCCUGAAACCCUUCCAGUGCCAGGUGUGUGGGAAGUGCUACAGCUGGAAGAAGGACUGGUACUCCCACGUCAAGUCCCACAGUGUGGCUGAGCCCUUUAAAUGUAAUGUGUGUGGGAAGGAGUUCUUUGAGAAGGCUCUGUUCAGGAGACACGUUAAAAAGGCCACGCACGGGAAGAAGGGCCGAGUAAAGCAGAACCUGGAGAGGGAGUGUGAGCAGUGUGGGAGAAAAUUCACCCAGCUCCGGGAGUAUAGACGCCACAUCAACAACCACCAGGGAGUGAAGCCAUUUGAAUGUCUGACUUGUGGCGUUGCCUGGGCCGACGCCCGCUCCCUGAAACGUCACGUCCGCACGCACACAGGAGAGCGGCCGUACGUCUGCCCCAUGUGCCAGGAGGCCCACAUCGACGCACGCACUCUACGUAAACACAUGGCCAAGUACCACAGCGACAACCUUCCUGGCAAGAUCAUGCUGGAGAAAGACACCCUCCAGUUCCACAACCAGGGCACCCAGGUGGAGCACGCCGUCAGCAUCCUGGCGUCCGACCUGCCUCCUGAGCUCCGCCCCGCCCAGCAGCCGCCCUCAGAGGAGAUAGAGACGGUGCUGAUCACGGAGGAGACGGUGGAGGCCGUGGAGGCCGUGCAGGCCGUUCAGGCCGUGAGCGACGGCUCCGUGGCCACGCUCUCAGAUCAGGGCAUCAUGCAGGUCGUGAACUACGUCCUGGCCCAGCAGGCCCUCACGGGGGCCAAACUCGAGGAAGCACCGGAGGUGAUUCAGACCAUGGAGGUGGAGGUGGCUCACGUGGCCGAAGUGGAGUAACUUUGUGCCAGAGACCAGGAUUCUCCCGCACAGACUGAUCAAAUUGUUUCUCACAGUCUGUAUAAAAUGUAACAGUAUGUAAAAAGAUGCUUAUUUUUCUGAAAAUGUACAUAAUGUAAUUGAACCAUGAGUGAAGUAUUUACUGUCUGUUCAGCCCCGAACCGUGUGUUUGAUGAGUUGUGUUUGUGCACGCAUUCACAUUUCUAUGUUGUGUGUAAAUAGCUAGAUAUACAGUAACGAGAUGAAUUGAUGAAUUACAAGUCUAUGAAAAUUGGCACUCAGGAGAAAUAAAGGUAGAAGUGAGACACAUGUUUUGGCUCCAGUCUAUCACUUUUGUUGCUGAAAGAAGAGCGCCGAGACUUCACUGAAGAAAAGUCAUCAUGGCUGUGGGUUUAUUUACUCCCACUAGUGUCAGCUUGAAGGAUGAGCCAAUAGAAAAUGCCUAAGUAUUUGUUUGUUCACUGUCAUUAUCACCAUCACGUUAUGUUUGCAGGAACAUUUCAACUAGAUAUUUUGGAAUUUGCUGUGUAGCCAACAAAGUUGUUAAAAUUGAUCAGAUUAGUCAGAAUUUAAAGUAUUUCAAGUCAGAAUGUCAGACUGAAAUUUCAUUUGAAUUGAGGAACUCAUUUUUGAGUUCCUCAAUUUAAAUGACAAUCGUUUCUCACAAGUGAGUUGUCUCAACCUGACACUGUACAAAGUAUACACUGUGUAAUUUCUUACAAAUGUUAGUGAAUUUCCCAGUAAUCUCUGUAAUGAA